AUGAGUCUGGCUCCUCCGGUGAUUGAUUUCGCCGCAUUCCACGCAGGCAGCCACGAAGCCCGCCAGCGUCUCGUCGAGGAAAUCCGCACCGCGUGCGAAGAACUGGGCUUCUUCCAACUCCGCAACCACGGGAUCCCCACCACCCUCCAAACCGAAAUUCUGGAGCAGUCCAGAGACUUCUUCCGUCUCCCGGUGGAGAUCAAGGAGAGAUACGAUCGGGACAAUGACAGCUUCAACCGCGGAUACGAGCGUCUCCGGGCCCAAAACUUCGAGAAGCGCGCCUCCGGCGACCUCAAGGAAGGCUUCUUUUUCGGACGCCAUCUUCCGUUGGACGAUCCAGACGUCCUGGCAGGCAAAUUCGGCCAGGGACCCAACAAGUACCCGGCGGAAGUGACAGAUCCGCUGCACUUCCGAGACACGGUGGAUCGCUACUACGAGGCCGUCCUGGAGCUGGCUGUCAAUCUCAUGACUGUCAUUGCGGAAUUGGUGGGCCUGGACCCGAAUGCCCUGCAAAGGUUCUGUCAGCGACCCAUUGCGACCCUGCGGUUGCUGCACUAUCCCCCUCAACCGUCUGAUGCGUCGGAGUUGGAGAGAGGCAUCGGCGCACAUAGCGAUUUUGGGGCCAUCACGAUUCUGUUACAGGAUUCGACCGGGGGACUCCAGGUCUGGAACCGUGCCUCGAAUGUCUGGGUGGAUGUGGUGCCGGUUCCCGGAGCGGUGGUGGUCAAUACCGGCAAUCUGAUGAUGCGCUGGACCAACGAUCACUACAUCUCCAACCUUCAUCGGGUCAUUAACCAGUCUGGCCAGGAUCGCUACAGCAUCCCGUUCUUUUUCGAUGGGAAUCCGGAUUUCCUGGUCGAGUGCCUGGUGAGCUGUCGUGAGCCGGGCCAGGGAGCCAAGUACGGGCCAAUCACGGUGCAUGACUGGAUGGUUGGUCGAUAUGCAGAUACGUUUGGGGGGAAGGCAGAGGCUGCGGAGGACCCGGUGGGUUUGCAGUAG